AUUGUCACCCAAGCUUGAUAAAGAUUUGUAUAUCAUUUUUCCUCCUCACCCUURCCCUCUUUGUUUCGGCUUGGUCAUAGUCUCCCGCCUUCUUGUGACAGUUCUUUCCAAGUCUAGACUGUAACAACGACACCGCUAGAAGAAGUAGGCGCCAGUAUGUUCAGAACACGUGGAUCCAGUCUUAUACGGGCUGUCGUUGGAUCAGUCCGUCGUUUCAGCAACCAAUCCGACUUUUUACCACGAAUGUUUACCAUCAAGAAUGGCGAAAAGGUUAAACCAACAUUCAGCUCUCAAGAAAUGGACCGCAGACUCAACAUGCUGCGGACGCACAUGGAAGAGAAAGGCAUCGGCGCAUGCGUAUUUACCUCCUAUCACAACAUCAAUUAUUUUAGCGAUUUCGUCUACUGUUAUUUUGGAAGACCUUACGGUUUGGUGGUGACUGCGGAAAAGUCUACUAGUGUAUCUGCGAAUAUUGAUUACGGUCAACCAUGGCGAAGAACGUAUGGGGACAACGUUAUCUACACCGACUGGCAAAAAGACAACUAUUUCAACGUGGUCAACCACCUCGCCGGAGAAUUCAAAACCAUAGGAUUAGAAUUCGACCACGUUAACUUGGUAAGCUUCAACAAAUUCAAGGAAGCGUUGCCCAAGGCGGAUUUACUGGAUGUAGGGGAUCCAACGAUGAAGAUGAGAAUGAUCAAAUCUGAUGAGGAGAUAGCACACAUCAAACAAGGUGCAGCUGUUUGUGAUCUGGGCUGUGAGGCUGGUGUAGACGUGAUUAAAGAAGGCGUGCCUGAAUACGAAGUCGCUUUGGCUUGCACACAAUCCAUGGUCAGAGAUAUAGCCAGACGUUAUCCUCAUGCUGAACUCAUGGAUACCUGGACAUGGUUUCAAUCUGGUAUAAACACAGACGGUGCGCACAAUCCAGUUACUUCAAGGGAAGUUAAGAAAGGAGACAUAUUGAGCAUGAACAACUUUUCAAUGAUAGCUGGGUAUUACACAGCGCUCGAGAGAACAAUGUUUUACGAUCACGUGCCAAGUGACCGACACAUGGAAUUGUGGGAAGCCAACGUCAUGGUUCACCGUCGAGGACUGGAACUAAUUCAGCCUGGCGCCAAAUGCAGCGAAAUAGCCAAAGAACUAAACGAAUUGUUCUUAGAGAAAGACCUCCUGCAGUACCGUGCGUUCGGUUACGGGCAUUCCUUUGGGGUUCUUAGUCAUUAUUACGGUCGGGAGGCGGGGCUUGAGCUUCGUGAAGAUAUAGACACCGUGAUUGAGCCAAAUAUGGUGAUCUCCAUGGAGCCAAUGAUAACAAUUCCUGAGGGACAACCAGGGGCAGGGGGGUACAGAGAGCAUGACAUCUUGGUGGUAAAGGAAGACGGCAAUGAGAAUAUUACCAAGUAUCCAUUUGGUCCAACCAACAAUAUUAUUAAAAAUUAAUAUUAGUCUAAAGAGUAUUAGUCACUAAAAGUAGC